AUGGAACUCUUGCAUAGACAGAUUCUCACUAGGCUCUUGAAGAUCCUGGAACGAGCUCUCAGUCUUCUACAAUACUAUGCUGAUUGUGGCAAAAUCAUAGAUCGCAAUCUCAUAGUCACUAUAAUCUACAACCUUGCUGGUGUCAAUUAAGCAUUAUGCAAUCUGGACAAAGCUGCUCAGUACUUGGAAGGAACCGUUUUCAAUUUGCAGGAGAUGAUUCAGCAAGAAAACAAUUAAGUCUUUCUCAUCAAACGAAUGCAUCUCCUAGCUGUUGUCCAAUUAUAAUAUUGUGGGAUAUUAUCAUAAUUGAAUUAACAUUAAGUGGCAUCUAAUAUUGCUCACUCUACCAUCCUAUUACUCAAUAGACUUUUUGAUAUCAGUUACUAAUAUUAAAGCAGUUAAUAGACAACCAAUAAAAAUGUACAAAAAUAUUAAAAGGGACAAUACAUCUUCGAAGAGUACGACUUUAAGAAUCUCCUACUAAAGAGAUCUGAUGAAUUACUCAAGUUCAUUAAACAAUUCAUCACUAGUUAAUUAAUAGAAUAGGAAGAACAACCAAAAUUACAAGAUAUUGCAAACCAUAUCCUCACUUGGAAAUUGAACUCCUUAAACAACGAUAAACUGCCCAAACAAUCCUUCUCUAAACUCUACCAAAGAUCAAUGAUAGGUUUGCUAAAUGAAAACGAGUGGCUCGUAUCCUUCAAUGUUAGCAACAUCAUGUUCAUACGCUUGCUCUCUUAUGAGGAGGUCUGUCUCAAAGGAGAAAUCCUAUAUGAAUUUAGUUAAAAAGUCUUAAUUGAGAAACUCAUCCUCUUAUCUAUGGCUUACUUUUCUCUUGCUUCUGAAACUAGGAACUUAAAGAAUGAACAAAAGUCUCAACUCUACCAUCUAAAGUCCAUCUAUAUUGUUAGCAAUGUCUUGCACGAUAACUCUCCCUAUUUGGAUCACCUCAUCCAAUCAUUCUGCACUCACUAUCAACAACGAUUGGAGACUAUUGUUGAAGAGCAGUCGUUUGUUGAUCAGAGCACUAAGGUGAGUCUUAGGAGGAAGGAAAGCACAUUGGCUAACAAGGAGAAUUGCAAUGAUCAUCUCAAACAAUUGAUUGAAAGUCUCUCUAAGGAUAAAAAGCAGAAGUAGGAAUCAAUUCAGAAGACUUUGAAUCAAUUACAAAAUUUAAAAGACAAGUUGAGUAAAUCACGUUCUGAAACGAUUUUGAAAAGAUUCAAAACUGAGCCAAGUCUACAUUUUGAUAAAAGUGAGAAAAAUUGUAAAUAAAUACUAUAAUAAUUAAUGAAAUAAUGA